UGUGACGUCCCUCACCGUUGUCCGAUCCCUUCGGUGCCCGGUGCCCCACUUCCCUUCGCCGCCCCCUCCUCUCGCCCGCAGCGUCCCCGUGGCGGCCUUCCCAAGCCGGCGGCCUUCCUGCGCCGACAGCGUCGUCGCCCCGUCCUCUCCCCCGCCGCAUUGGGGCGUCUUCCACCCCCGGACCCUCGCCCGCUGCGUCGCCAUAUCGGCGGCCUCCCCGUGCCGCGACCUCCCUGCGACGGCAGCAUCGCCGCCCCCUCCUCUUGCCGACCGCCCCCUCCUGACGCGUGCAGGCGUUGCCCUUCCCUUCAGCAUCCUCCCAGCAGCGUUGCCGCCCCCCUCCUCUCGCCCGCCGCGUCCGGCCAUCUUCCACCCCCGGAUCGUCGCUCGCCGUGUUCCUGUACCUGUGGCGAACCCACGCCGCGGCCUCCUUGCGACGGCAGCGUCGCCGACCGUCAACCAAGCACCCCCAUAGUUUAUUCCUCCAUAUUCCGUUUCUAAUAGCAAAAACCCGAGAAGGCGUAAAUCCCCCGACUCUUGCCUUGGCGCACUCUCGCCUUUGUUCCGCCUCCUCGCUGUUUCCUCCAUACCCGUUAGAAACCCUAAUCCCAGAAAAUGGACGUGGAGAAGCCAUCUAAUCCUCCACUGACGAGCUGUAUCGAUCGAAUCGUGCUUCCUGGGGACACCGUUCUGGAUCUCUCCACCAUGGCCAACCAGACCAUCAAACUAGGUGAAGGAUUGCGUCAGGAUUGCGAUACAAUCUCGGUUAUGAAGGCUGGUAAGCUGAGGCUGUCGAAGCCAAACAAGUAUUGGGUUGAGAGCUCACACAAAAGAUAUGUACCAUGUGCGGAAGAUACAAUUCUUGGUAUUGUUGUUGAUAGUAAGCCAGAUAAUUUUCUGGUUGACAUAAAGGGACCUACAUUGGCAUUAUUGCCUGUACUUGCAUUUGAAGGUGGAACCAGGAGGAACAUACCUAAGUUUGAGGUAGGUACUUUACUCUAUGUCCGAGUGGUUAAAGCUAAUAACAGCAUGAAUCCUGAACUCUCAUGCACUGAUGCCACCGGAAAAGCUGCCGAGUUUGGUCCUUUGAAGGAUGGUUACAUGUUUGAAACAUCAACCGGACUAGCACGGAUGUUGCUAGGCUCUCCAACUUGUCCAAUUCUUGAGGCUCUCGGCAAGAAGCUGUCAUUCGAGAUCGCAAUUGGGCUAAAUGGCCGUGUCUGGGUGAAUGCUUCUUCUCCUGCUACAAUCAUUGUUGUAUCAAAUGCAAUCAUGAAUUCAGAGUUUUUGAGUGGGACUCAGCAAAGAAUUAUGGUGGAGAAACUCAUGCAGAAGCUUCAAUGAUUGGAAUGGAAUGAGAAAUGCAGCAUUUUUGAAUCGAUAGCUUAGCUAUUUGUAGUAUGGUCGGAAAUGAUUGAUUGGCAAGCCUGAGGCAUUGAGAUUAGUUUGUUAAUCACCUUCUUGAGGGCAACAUGCUCUUAGUGUGGAUAGCCAUGUUUUCUGGCAAUGACUAGAAAUUGAAGAUUACAUGACAACAUCUGUAUUGACAACCGAUUAAUUGCCCUGCUGGGAUGGAGUGGCAAGAGAAUGCCCAAACCUUCAUGCCCUCUUUAUGAGUCAUCAGUAAACAAUGGGCUGCGUGUGAUGCUUUUAACCUUUGUACGAUGGCUUUAUCUGGGCAGUUUCUACCGCCAUCAUGACUUGUUUAGCACAAUCCAGCAAUGUAUGUAGCCUCAGAAAAUGCAAUUAGUUUAAGCUUCGUAUUCCAUUUUAACUAUUCUGCUAAAAAGAAAACUUAAAUAAAAUAAGGAGCCUACAUUCCUUGAGGUGCUUCAGUUGUA